AAGAGUGAUACAUCUCGGAGGUGGAACAAGAAGAAGAAAAAAGGGUCUCUGGUUUUCUUUUCUAUGUGAUUAUUUAUGGAAAAACCCACCCUUUUUUCAUUUAUGUUAUCUCUCUGAUUGAUUCUGUUAUCCGGAUCUUGAUUGGAUUCUCGUUUACUUUGGGUUCUUGCUCUGUUGCAGUCCGGUAGAUCUGGUUCUCCGAUCUUGAUUGUUUACUUUGGGAUCUUGAUCUGUUACAGUCCGGCAGAUCUGGUUCUCCGGUGAGUUUUUUACUUAGGAUUUUUGUUCUUUUUGAUAUUCCCCAUUUGGGUUGGCCUCGACCUUGUUGUUUGUUAGCAUAAUCUUGAUGGGGUCGUCUGAUUGUUUCUUAUUAUCGUGUGGAUGUUUUUGUGUACAGAUUAGGGGAAAAAGGCAUUGAUUUGAUUCAACCAGAUGGGUGGUGUCAAAUCUGAACCCCAUUUUGGUGUUUGAUGAUUCUUUAAUAAUCUGCGAAUAGUUUGCAACCAGCUUCUGGGUUUGGCUCACUUUUGAAAGUGAAAGAGGAAGAAUUCAUCUUCCCCUGCCAAUGCCAUCUCGUUAGCUACGUGCAAAAAAACGUCACUUCCUUUCCUUAAUUGCUUCAUCUCUCAUACACUGGAGAACCCAGUUCAAACCCAAAUGGCUGUAGCAGUUUUUAAGAGUUCCUUAGGUAGGGAGUACCAUGGAAAUGAUAGGAUGGAAGGGGUGAAACAUACGGGAAGGAGACGGGUUUUUGUUCAAACUGAAUCCGGUUGUGUGUUGGGAAUGGAACUAGAUCGAAACGAUAAUGCUCACAUGGUCAAAAGAAGGUUGCAGAUUGCUCUUAAUGUUCCGAUUGAAGAGAGUUCUUUAACUUUUGGAGAUAUGGUGUUGAAGAAUGACCUUAGCGCCAUUCGUAACGAUUCCCCUCUUCUUUUAACAAGAAAUCUCUUGCAUAGAAGUUCAUCGACUCCAUGUCUGUCACCCAGCGGUCGGGAUACUCAACAGAGAGAUCGGAGUGGUCCUAUCGAGAUCUUGGGGCAUUCUAAUAGGUUCUUAAUAACGAAAGAGAUGGUUGACGAGAUCGUGAAGGCUCUGAAGAUCGGUGUUGAUCCGAUCCCAGUUCAUGGUGGGCUUGGAGGUGCUUAUUAUUUUCGAAACAGUAGAGGUGAGAGUGUGGCAAUUGUGAAGCCGACAGAUGAAGAGCCGUUUGCGCCUAACAAUCCAAAAGGGUUUGUGGGUAAAGCUCUCGGUCAACCGGGAUUGAAGCGCUCGGUUCGUGUAGGAGAAACCGGUUUCCGAGAGGUGGCUGCUUACCUUCUUGAUUAUAACCACUUUGCUAAUGUACCUCCUACUGCACUUGUUAAAAUUACCCACUCCAUUUUCAAUAUUAAUGAUGGCGUAAGUGGGACUAAUAACAACACCUGCAAGCCCGAGAGGAAGAAAAAACAUUUUAGCAAGAUUGCUUCAUUCCAGCAGUUUAUCCCUCAUGAUUUCGAUGCUAGCGACCAUGGGACGUCGAGUUUUCCUGUAUCUGCUGUUCAUCGUAUUGGGAUAUUAGAUAUAAGGAUCUUUAACACAGAUCGGCAUGCUGGGAAUCUGCUAGUUAGAAAGCUUAAUGAUGGUGAGAAUGGGAAAUUUGGUGAAGUUGAACUGAUUCCCAUUGAUCAUGGCCUAUGCUUGCCGGAAAGUUUGGAAGAUCCAUAUUUUGAGUGGAUUCAUUGGCCACAAGCUUCAAUCCCGUUUUCAGAGGAUGAGCUCGAGUACAUUGAAGCUCUUGAUCCGUAUCGUGACUCAGAGAUGCUGAGAAACGAGCUUCCAAUGAUCCGAGAGGCCUGUCUACGUGUUCUGAUUCUCUGCACCAUUUUCCUCAAAGAAGCUGCUGGUUGUGGGCUGUUUCUUGGUGAGAUUGGUGAGAUGAUGAGCCGUGAGUUUCGCCGUGGGGAAGAGGAACCCAGUGAGCUCGAGGUGUUGUGUAUGGAGGCAAGGAGGAUGGUAACCGAGAGGGAGAAAGAGGUGUUUGUGUUGUCUCCUAAAACCCAAGUGCAGGAAGAUGGUUUCUUGUUUGAAAUCGAAACCGAUGAUUCUGGGUUCGACAUCUCCCCUAAAUUAUCGACUGUUCUUCCUUUCAACUUUGGAUUUGGAAGAAACCCACUUUCUAAACUCGAAGAAACCAUGGAAGAAGAAGAAGAAGAUGAUGAGAAUGAGGAUGAAAAUGAAGCGGAAGAUGGAGGAAAGUUAUCAAAUCUAUCGAUGACGCUGAAGAAAAACUUGAGUUUAGGUUGUGAUUAUGGUAGUAGUAAAGGGUAUGUGGCAGUAAAGUCAUCAGGGGGGCAGAGGAGUGCCGGUGAGCAGCUUCCGGCGGGGGCUAACUUUGUGAAGGUGGCGGAGAUGGAGGAGGAGGAAUGGGGGGUGUUUUUAGAGAAGUUUCAGGAGGUGGUGAGGCCUGCAUUGGCACAGAGGAAGUCCGGCAGGCUGCAGAGACAGAGGCUGGGCACUUCUUGCCGGUUUUGAGAGGCUCUGUAGGGUGUUUUUAGGGGUUGUAUGAGUUUGACUUUUUCAUAGUUUGACCUGCAAGUUGUUGUGUUGGUUUUUAGGGUUUUAAGGUUCUUUUUUUUAAUUUAUUUAGUCAAUGUGGACUUGUUGUAUAAAUAAUUUGUAAAUGAAAAAAUAAAUAAUGAAGAUAGUAUGUUGUGGCUUUCUGAUGAAACCAAUGAUGAUAAAAAA